AUGACAUACCUCGGUUCAUUUUACCCAUCAUAUCAUCCCAUUCCGAUUCACCUUAAAUUGCCUAUAUUUAAUGGCCCGGACCCAAAUCGCAAUUAUCUUCGUUCUAUAUGUUAUUCAGCUUCUCUCAAGUAUCCAUGGCGCUUGAGGAAAGUUUUUAAUCAGAUCCUUUCUUUACUCCAGAUUGGUCUUAUUUUUGAAUUUACCUUGUUCCACUUUGGUAGUUAUUUAGAAAUACCUUACAUUCGGUUGUUCAUUAAAUUUAUUUGA